AUGUCCUUAUUUCCAAAUCUUAUGUACGUUGUUAGGAAACAUGUCUUAUCUGAAGACGUGUUGGAAAGGAGAUUUCUACCAGAUGGGAAGUUGUAUACUAAACGGUUAGUAAUUAAGAUCUCGAAAAUAAUUCCAAAAUUCAUGCUGAGAUUUAUCCCAAAAGGCCAGGUUCCAGUUGUUGAGGAGUCUAUCAUUGAUGUUAAGGCCAAACGAAUAGAUGGGGUUUCGGAAAACUUUGGUUCUAGUAAAAAAUACUUGUCUGUCAAAGAGUAUUGUUCAUUGGUGCCAUCAGAAGAUGAUCAUUCUGCAACACAGUUUGCAAGAAUACUUAUACCGGGAUUUAGCUUAAAAGGUUUUUUACGCUCAGCUGUUAUGAAAGCAGCUCACUCUUACUACAACUCCUCAUCUAAAGAUACAUAUAUGGGAUACAUGCAUAUCUGUAAAAUGUACAGUAACACUUGCCAUUCCCAAAAAUCAAAUCUGCAAGCAAACGAUGUACCUAGAAGUUCAGUACGGGCUGGUGGUACGCGUGAAUUCACUUCAUCCAAACUACCUUAG